AUGGUGCCUGACACUGGUGUAACGCUCCGACAGUUCCCACAUAAGGCCGUCGAGUCCUAUGGCGAGGUCGAGUUUGCGCGUCUGGACCGCAAGCUCGCUAUGUUCCACGCGCUCUCCUCUGAAGACAAGCAACUCCUCCCCGAGUUUGAGCCGCGCAUGUCGGCCAUCGCCGAGUGCAUCGAAGUCAACGUCACCCUCCUCUCCCGUAUCGCUGAUUCUGCAACGUCCAUCAGCUCUUCCUCGGACCUCUCUGUUCCACAGGAAAACGGCCACCCCACCCCCAACUCACCAUCCCUGCCAUCUGAACAAACCACGGACCGCGCCGCAGAGGAAAAGCAGCUCCUGUCAAGUGAGAUCCGCCGUGGCUUCACCCUCCUCGCACGCGACUGGAGCGCAGUAGGAGAACAGCAAAGAGAUGCCUGCUACAAGCCGUUGGUCGAAGCUGUGGACUCUGCGUACAAAGAAGCGUCGCAAACGAACCAAUCCUUGUCACGGGAUGCCUUUCGCGUGCUCGUUCCUGGUGCGGGAGCUGGUCGACUACCGUGGGAGCUGGUGCGCCGCGGCUUCGCCGUCGAAGGCUGCGAAAGCUCAUUCACCGCGCUUUUGGUCGGAAACUACGCGCUGAAUUCGGUGUCGGGAGAGGCGGCCAGUACAAUCUACCCGUUUGUGCAUGAACAAUCCAACGUUGCGAGCCAGAAAGCGGCGACGAGACCUGUGUCUGUCCCGGACGUGAAUCCUAAGGACAUCCCCAACGUGGCCGACUUUGCGAUGCGGGCUGGUAACUUUGUGCAUGCGUACGAAGGGCAUGACAACGCAUGGGACGCAGUAGUGAGUUGCUUGGCGUUCGACCUUGGGGAUGCCGUGAUUGAACAUGUGAGGCGGGUGAGUCAGGUCAUUAAACCCGGGGGUAUGUGGGCGUUUAUCGGGCCGAUGCCAUGCUUUGAUGGUGGGCAGAUGGAGGGCAUUCAUUUGUCGGUGGAGGAGUUUCUGGGGAUUGUUAGAAGAUGCGGGUUUACAAUGGUGAAGAUGGAAGAGGUCGAGGUAUCGCACACGGCGGAUGCUGAGAGCCUGAGGUCGAUACAGCUGCGAUGUCCGUUUGUGGUCGCCGUCAAGGAGCGGCCGUCCUGAACGACGAUGCCACGGCUACUAAAACCAGCCGCCACCCGACUGCUUACGAAUUUUCGUAACUGCUCAGCAAGGACGGCCCGCCGUUGGACGGAUCGCCCGUCCAUUUGCACGCCGUGUCUACAUGCCGAAAGCGGUGCAAGGCACGUUUAUGUAAACAGGCAAAGAGGAAGCAUAGAAUUUGAUUUUUGAA